UUUUUUUUAUAUAGCUUGGGCGCUAGUAAACCGUAGUCUGUAGUUAUGGUGGGGGAAAUGAAUAACUUGUCCUGCAGGCAUUUUGUUGACUUCGGCGAAAAUUCAGUGCAGCGAGCGUAAAUUCCAUAGUCUGACAGAAGAAGCACGGUGGAUACUUAAUGUUUUCGCCAGUUACAUAUGGCGUAACAGUUGCUGAGAAAUGUUUACGCUUUAGUUUAUUUCGGGAAGUUCAUCUUUCAGCACCGAUAACUGCAUGUAACGGCGACAUUUUACUUUUGAUACCAGCCGUAGCGUAGUUGUAGGUAUAAUGAGCCACAUGAACCUGUCCUUCGCUGCUUGUGGAUUCUUGGGGAUAUACCACUUGGGGGCAGCGUCUGCCCUCUUCAGACAUGGCAAGAGCCUGCUCAAAGCUGUAAAGGCAUGUGCAGGUGCUUCUGCAGGCUCACUAGUUGCAGCUGUCCUAAUUACUGUUCCAGAGAAAAUAGAGGUUUGCAAAGAUUUUACUUAUAAGUUUGCAGAAGAUGUAAGAAUGCAGAAAUUUGGAGCAGUAACUCCAGGAUAUGAGUUCAUGCACAUGUUGAGAGAGGGCAUAGACUCUGUACUUCCAUCCAAUGCUCAUGAGAUAGCUGGGAAUCGUCUUCAUAUAUCACUCACCAGCAUUAAGACCAGAGAAAAUUACUUAGUAUCAAAUUUUGCCUCCAGGGAAGACCUCAUUAAGGUUCUGUUAGGUAGUUGUUUUGUUCCAAUAUAUGCUGGACUUAAGGCAGUGGAAUAUAAAGGAGAGAAAUGGAUUGAUGGUGGGUUAACAAACAGCCUACCUAUUCUGCAAGUGGGGAGAACAGUAACUGUUUCACCAUUUUGUGGUCGAACUGACAUCUGCCCCAAAGAUGAGACACAGAUGAAUUUACAUAUUAGUGUCGCUAAGCAGAAUAUAAUGCUAUCCACAGCUAAUGUAGUAAGAUUAAGGCAAGCUUUGUUUCCACCAAUUCAUGAAGAAAUGAAACUAAUAUGUCAACAAGGGUUUGAUGAUACAGUAAGAUUUUUACAGCAAGAGGGAUGGUAUGAAUAGCAAGAUUUACAAACAUUUUGCAUAUAUUGAAUGAGAAGCAGUUUUUGGAUUAAUAUUUGCUUUGUGGAAGUUACCUAAAAUAGUAUUUCAAAAUAUUAUUUUCAAAUUUACCUAAAAAUAAACUGAUAUUUAGUACCUCUUACUCUAAAUGCAAUAUUGAAAUAAUAGAAUUUUGCAUAAGAGAAAUGCAGAAAAGAGAUUACGUUGCUGUUUUAAAUAUAAAGAGAAGUUGCUGUUUUAAAUUAAACAAGUCCAAGUAUA